AUGUCAGAGCGGUGGCGGCGCCGGCGCGCUCGCUGCGUCCGCCGCGGCGCUCCACCGCGCUCGGCGCUCGCCAGUGAUCAGUCGCCCGCGGCGCGCACCAGUCCCGCGCCUACCGACUAUGAGCGCCGGCGAGGAGCCCAGCCCGCGCCGCUGGCCCGUGGGCAUCCUGCGGCGCAGCGGCGCGCGCGCGGCCCGCCACGUGCUCCACGUCAAGUACCGCUCCGUCCCGACCUCGCCAACACCACCACCCUCCAUCGUGCUGCCGCUAGACAUCGACGACACGGUCUCCUGUUUUUGCAGGUGCGGAAGCUAAAAACCGAUACGUUAUCAAUGCUAUCGAUCGAAUCGCAGCCAGAUCUGAGUUGUCUCUGA